AGUAGGUGCCCGUGAUGUCACAACCUUGCUCAACACAUGGCAGGCUGAAUGUGUAAGGGAGCACAUUGAUAUAGUUGUCAGUUUGAAGUCCGUCAGAAUCUAAACCACAACGAGACAUAGCACUCCUCUAAACAAUCAUGGAAUACAUGACGGACAGUCAAGUGAAGUCCACAAAUACUAUCCUGUGCUGUAGAUGUGGGACCCCAAUAGAGCCGAACCCAACAAACACGUGUGUAGCAUGUCUGCGAGGACAGAUUGACAUCACAGAGGGAAUUCCCAAACAGGCUGUACUCUAUUUUUGCCGCAAGUGUGAAAGGUAUCUGCAGCCUCCUGCCACAUGGAUAUCUGCCCAGCUGGAGUCCAGGGAGCUCCUCACAGUGUGUCUCAAGAGGCUUAAAGGACUGGCAAAGGUCAACCUGGUUGAUGCAGGCUUCAUCUGGACAGAGCCUCAUUCACAGAGAGUCAAAGUCAAACUCUCGGUACAGAAGGAGGUGAUGAAUGGGGCAGUGUUGCAGCAGGUAUUUGUGGUGGAGUUUGUUGUCAACAGUCAGAUCUGUGAAGACUGUCAGCGUGUGGAGGCCAAAGACUACUGGAAGGCUGUGGUGCAAGUCAGACAGAAGACAGAACACAAGAAGACCUUCUUUUACCUGGAGCAGCUAAUCUUGAAGCACAAGGCUCACUCCAACACCGUCAACAUCAAGCCAAUAUACGGUGGUUUGGACUUCUUCUAUGCCACUCAGCAGGACGCGAGGAAGUUGACGGACUUUCUGUCAACAUAUGUGCCGUGCAAGUGUCAGUUGGCCAAGGAGCUUGUGUCGCAUGACCCACAUAACAACACCUACAACUACAAAUACACCUUCUCUGUUGAGAUUGUUCCUCUCUGCAAGGACAACAUAGUGUGUCUCCCCAAGAAGGUGGCCCAGUCACUGGGCAACAUCAACCCCCUGUGUAUCUGCAACAAGGUGACACAGACCAUUCACCUGAUAGACCCCAAUACUCUGCAGGUGGCUGAAUUGAGUGGCACAGUGUUCUGGAGGACGCCUUUCCGGAUUCUCUGUGGCCCCAAACAGCUUAUUGAGUACAUGGUGAUGCAAGUGGACUACAUUGCUGACAAGGACCGGCCCCACAGAGUCCCAGCCUCUACCAAGCAUGUACUGGCUGAUCUCUGGGUAGCCAGGAUGAGCGACCUCGGGGUCAAUGACCAGCAGUACCACUGCCGCACCCAUCUUGGUCACCUUCUGAAAGUAGGGGACACUGUCAUGGGGUUCGACUUUACAAAUGCCAAUCUGAACCACAAGGAGUUUGAUCAGAUCAGUUCGGAGAAAGUCCCUGAUGUGAUUGUGGUGAAGAAAGUGUUUGACACUUCCAAGAGAAUCCGGAAGAGGAAGUGGAAACUGAAGCACCUGAAUGACGAUGCUGCCAUUGAGACUGCAAGCAUGGAAAGGGACUACAAUGAGUUCCUGGAAGAUCUGGAGGACGAUCCUUCUGUCAGACAAAAUGUCAACAUUUACCUGGAUCGGAACAAGCUUGCUGUUGACACAGACGACACGGAUGAUGAGGGCGUGCCACAGAUCUCGCUGCAGGAGAUGCUCGAGGAUCUCCACAUCGCUGAGGAUGCAACUGGGGAAGAUGGGGCCGACAUGAUUGAAUGAUUCUAUCUGUGAUGCAGUGUUCGAUCUGUCUGUGAUGCAGUGUUCGCUUUGAGAAAAAUUGUCUACUGUUUGAAUACUGGUCAUGGGACAUACAUAAACCUACCAUGACUCAUAGGAUUUAUAUUCUUGAAUCUUUUAGGGUUUUUUUUCUUUCUUAAAGGUAAGAAAUUUGGAAUAUCUGAAAAGGCAAUUCAAUCUUGUAAAUAUACAUUUAUUGAGAUUUGUUACAUUUGUUUGUUGGGAUAUUUGUGGUCACUGCUACCAGAUGUUAAGCACUAACUUGAAUGUGUUUCUGUCUUGCUCUUCCAUGUAUAUAUUUGUGAUAAUUUGGGGAUUUAUCCCGAUCACUGCAUACUAUGUGCCAGAACCUGGAAAGUUUUUUAACAACUUUCUGAUAAUUCCCUUGUGAAUGAAUACUGCAAGUCAUUUGUGGAUUAAUGCUAGAAGUCCCUUGCAAAGGCUUGGGGCUAGAAGUCCCUUGCAAAGGCUUGGGGCUUACACCAUUCUUUCACUCUGAACAGAAUAAUCCAAAAUUCCUCGUAACUCAUUGGUUAUUCUCUAAUUACUUCACAUGAUGGGUAAUUACAGGUUACAGGGUUCAUUAUUAGAAAGACAUUCUUAAACCCUGUGACCAACCCGCAUCAACUGGUGACAGAUGUGCUCGUUUUAGUUUAUCAUGUUUUGUGCAUUUGUUCAUGUGUGAACUGAGUAGAAUACUGUGUACAGCUAUUUCCUGAUAACAAUAAAUCACUAUUCUAACCAAA